UAUGUAGAAAGCUUGAAGUUUAGGUCUAUUCGCUAAGAACGAAGUUAGCACAAGGAUCGAGGAUGGGUCACCGCCACAUUUGCUGCGACGGCUGUCAAAUGACGAUCUUCCAGGGCAGCCGCUUCCGGUGUUUGCGCUGCGUGAACUAUAAUCUAUGUGACAUAUGCUACGAUCAUCAAAUAGAAACGGAAGAGCAUCGCGCCAAUCAUCCCAUGCAAUUGUUCCCUGACUCGGACGAACUGGUUCCGCUGCUUUACGGCGAAGCCCCAGAGCUGGUCCACCUGUCCAAUUGCUUCACUUGUCCACAUUGCGGCCUACUUGGGCUCACGGCUAAGCGGUUUAUCGAGCAUGUGUACGUACAACAUCGGGUGUCUAAUGAAUAUGUGGUCUGCCCCAUGUGCGCCGGACUGUCGGCCGUCGAACUGGUGGCCAUACGCCACUUGUCCAAACAUCUCCUGCACAACCACAUCGAUCACGCCAAUUACCUAGAGCCCGACACACCGCCACUACGCCGAAUAUUUACCCGGAAUCACAUGCGCCAGCACCGCCAAUCGCAGCUGCAAACAACUUCGAAUUCAAGGAUAUUCGAUAUAUCCCAAUGGCUGUCGACUGGACGUGUGAGCUCCGAUCACCAGCUCCUCGGCAACAAUGAUCCUCCAGAGGAGGCAGUCAAUUCAGAGUACUUGGCGUUAGGCUUGAGUGCCGGGGAGCCAUUUGAACAGUACGACGACCGAUAUUUUCUACUUCAGUGGAUUGCACAGCAAAAAGUGCAGUGUCAGGAUACGGACGAAUUUCAGAGGUUGCGGCGAACCCUCUUCGCCGAGCACUUGCUGAUUUCCAUGCUGUGCUGCGAGGAUUUGCAUCUGCCGGAUGGAGACAGACGAAUACGGGAAGGAAAUGGGGAGAGUGAUCUACACCAGGGAAACCAUAACAGUCUGUCCAAGGUUAUGUCGGUGAUGUCUCUGCCGUGGACAGGAGUUUGGCAGGCCAACCAGCUAGACGGAUCGGAGGGGGAAGGCGAGAUACAAGGAGCCAAAAAAGAAGGAGUCGAUCUGAACAAGGUAAAGAUCGAGGAGCAAAAAAGGGUGGCUGCGGAGGAGGCCAUUGAUUAGAAUACUCGAAAUUGUAAUCUGUUUUUCAAUCAUGUUGAAUCCGCUUUGUGGUUGCGUUACAUAUUUCAAAGAAAAACAAAAUUUUUGUGAAAAUUUGGCUUACACUUAUAAUAUGGCUUUUAUAUUUUGGCUUUUAUUUAUAUUUACAAUGUUUUAAGUAAAAAUGGCAACCAUUUUAAAAUCUGAAAGAGAAGUUUUCAUUUUAUCCUUUAUGUUAAGUGUAUUUGUUUCUGGGCACUAUUUAAUAAAUAUAAACUACGCCAUAUUGACAUCGCUUCUAUUAAUGCGAAUUUAAUGCAAAAUAAAUUUUUACCAUGAACCGAAAAUAUAAACACAUUUUUUGUAAUGAAUAUACAUUUGUUUUGAGAACGAUUUCUCACGUUAAAAUAAAAAAUCCAAUUGUUUUUAUAAUUAAAGUGUCGUAUUUUAUUGAGGUAUCUGCGUUAAGGCGGUGCUCUGAACCUUAAUUGGUCUUUACCAGCCUUCCUGCUGUUGCUGCUGCUGACCACCGAAUCCACCUCCGAAUCCACCUCCAAAGCCUCCUUGCUGCUGCUGCUGCUGAUCAGCGAAAUCGCCUCCAUAACCACCG